AUGGCGACUGUUGGUGAAGCGCAUCGCGAACAGUUUGCAUCCGGGCAGUCGCUGUAUGAGGGAUGCACGGGUGUGGAGGAGGAUCGAGCCGAGAGGGUUCGGGAGCUGCUUGCGACGGGAGCUGAUGCGAAUUCUAAAACCUUGUUUGAGAAGACGCCGCUGCAUUGGAUUGUUUCUGGUGCAAGAGACGAGGAUGCAAACAGGGUUCAUUUUGCUGUUGCAGAGGCUUUGUUUGAGUUUGGAGCAGAUACAUCAUGUUGUGAUGCCAACAGUAUGACAGCUCUUCACAUUGCUGCUGAGAGCAAUAAUUGUGCCAUAGAACUGUUGAAUUUGCUCAUCGAGAAGUCGACCACAGAGACGGUGGAGAAGAGAACACGCAGUGGUGAGACUGCACUGACGAUAUGGGUAUGUGUGUUAAUUGUAGUGACUGCAUUAUAGAUGGAUUUGUGUUGUUGUUUGUCUGUAUGGUUGUUUGUUGUUGUCGUCUGGCUUAGUGUUUAUUUACUUAUUUGCCUGUUUACACUUGUUGCUGUUAUCAGUCUGUCUGACUGUCUGUUUAUAUAUAUCGUCUGUUAUUUGAUCUAUCAGUCUGUUUGCUUGUGUGUG